AAGCCAGCUCUUUGCACAUCCAGCCUUGUUUCCUCCCCCUCAGUGUUAUGCAAUGUUGAGAAAAGAAGAGCGGGAGCUGACAAGCCCUAUUCAGUGAAGAUUAGCAAAUAAACAGGAACAAAAGUAACAGAGUUUGGUUUCGAGUCAGAGCACAGACUGUUCAGAGAAACUCUCACACGCUGCCACGAGGAGAAAUGGCGCAGAAAGGAGUUCAGCUGGACCGGGAGACAUUCUCUUGUUCUUUCUGUCUGGAUCUACUGAAGGAUCCGGUGACUAUUCCCUGUGGACACAGCUACUGCAUGAACUGUAUUAAAAUUUUCUGGGAUCAAGAGGAUGAGAAGAAAAUCUACAGCUGCCCUCAGUGCAAACAGAGCUGCACUCCAAGGCCUGUCCUGCUGAAAAACACCAUGUUAGCAGUUGUAAUGGAGGAGCUGAAGAAGACUGGAGUCCCUGAUGAACACUGCUAUGCUGGAGCUGAAGAUGUGGCCUGUGAUUUCUGCACAGGGAGAAAACUGAAAGCCCUCAAGUCCUGUAAGCAAUGUCUGGUCUCUUACUGUGAGAAACACCUUCAGCCUCAUUUUGACGCAGCUCAAUUAAAGACACACAAGCUGGUGGACCCCGCCAAGAAGCUCCAGGAGGGAGCCAACGUCUGCUCUCGUCAUAAUGAGGGGAUGCAGAUGUUCUGCCGUACGGAUCAGAAGUUUAUCUGUUACCUCUGCCCCCUGGAUGAACAUAAAGACCACGACACAGUCUCGGCUGCAGCAGAGAGGGCUAAGAAGCAGGGAGAGCUCGACGGGAGGCGACAAAACAUCCAGCAGAGAAUCCAGGACAGAGAGAAAGAGGUGAAGCUGCUUCAACAGGAGGCGGAGGCUAUCGAUCGCUCUGCUGAUAAAGCAGUGGAGGACAGCGAGAAGAUCUUCAACGAGCUGAUCCGUCUCAUGGAGAAAAAAAGCUCUGACGUGAAGCAGAUGAUCAGAUCGGAGCAGAAAACUAAAGUGAGUCAAGUCAAAGAGCUUCAGGAGAAGCUGGAGCAGGAGAUCACUGAGCUGAAGAGGAAAGACGCUGAGCUGAUGAAGCUCUCACACACAGAGGAUCACAACCAGUUUCUGCAAGAGUACCCCUCACUGUCACCAAUCAGUGCACCUACAAACAUACCCAGCACCAAAAUGCAUACUCUGUGGUUCUUUGAGGAUGUGACAGCAGCUGUGUCAGAGGUCGGAGCUAAACUACAGAAAGUUCUGGGUGAGAAAUGGACAAACAUCGACACCAGAGCUGUGUUCUUAAAAUAUUCACGUGAAAUCACACUGGAUCCAGACACAGCAUACUACCAGCUGUUAUUAUCUGAGGGGAACAGAAAAGCAAGAUUUACGACAGGACAGUCUUAUUCUAGUCACCCAGGCAGAUUCACUUCAUGUCCUCAGGUCCUGAGUAAACAGAGUCUGACUGGACGUUGUUACUGGGAGGUGGAGUUGAGAGGGAGAGAAGUUUGUGUAGCCGUCGCAUACAAAGGCAUCAGCAGAAACAGCAUUUAUGCACCCUGUACAUUUGGAGCGAAAAACGAAUCUUGGGCGUUAUCAUUAUACGGUGGUUAUUCCGAGGACUGGGCUUACUUUCGGUACAACAAUGUUCAAACUCCCGUCUCAGGUCCUCGGUCCUCCAGAAUAGGAGUGUACCUGGAUCACAGUGCGGGUACUCUGUCCUUCUACAGCGUCUCUGAAACCAUGACUCUCCUCCACAGAGUCCAGACCACAUUCACUGAGCCUCUUCAUGUUGGAUUUCGGCUUUCACAUUAUGAAGACACUGCUGAGUUCAUUUAGCUCAAGUCAAUUUGUUGUUGCUGAGAGCUGAUUUCUGUGGCAUUUCUUUACAGAUCAGCCGUCAAUCAAACAUUAUGAGAUGUACUUUGACGUCUUCUCAUUAGUUGUGUAAAUAUUGUUGAGUUUCUUUGGGUGGCGCUCCUUCCUGCGUCUGUUUAGCCAUGGAGGCCAUCACUGCCCAUGAUGAUGAGCCAUGGUCAUAAUGGUUUUAAAUUAGGUUUUAUUUUAGCUUUGACUUUUUCCAACUGUAUUUUAGUUAAGUAUUAUAGUUUUGUAUGAAAGCCCAUUUCUGCCAAUAUGAUGGGAAAAUACUGAUCAUUUUAAGAAAGUAUCAUGACUUAGUUUCUUUUUUACAUUCACAUUGGCAGAAAUGGGCUUCCCUAGUUAUCAGAGUGCAUUUGUAUAUAUGUACAGUACAGUAUAUAGCAUAUAAUUACUUUUAAAGUUUGUUUGUUUUUGUUAAGGCAAGUUAUAAUGUAUUAUAUGAACAUACAUACAUACAAAACACAAUGUUGGAGAACUGUAUAUAAAUGGUCAUUAUGUUUAAUGUUCUUCAUCGGUAGUGAAAUAUAGCUAAAAAACUAAAAUAAAUGUUUGUUUUGUUUUUUUUUACCAGGCAAUAUCGUUUGAGUUUAAUUUAGGGUUGUUUACUAACAAUAUUUUUACUACUUAUUUUAGCUUGAGUUUUGGUUUACUAUAAUAACCUCGACCUGAACUGACUUUUCUCUGCAUGAAAAUGUAAACUUCUCUUCUCUGUGCUCUAAAUGUUUGAUGAAUAUUUGAAUUGAUGCAUUUGCAUGUUGUUGUUUCUCAUCCACUGCGUGGGUCUGAAGAGAGAAAACACCAGACGGCCUUUAUCGUAAAUAUUUUGUUCUCACCACUUGGUCAAUUUGUAAAGAAAUCUCCUAUUACGUAUAUCUGUUUGGCUAUAAAACGGUUCACUGUUCAUUCAUUAUUCUCUUCUACAUACAGUAGCUCAGAUUGAAGACAACUCCCAUGAUCCCACGCUACUUCACAACCUCACCAAACUGUCUUUUGUUAUGGUUUUGAUCGAGAGAAAAUGACAUGUUGUGCGUUUAACAGAUUUUACUGAUGUGUGACGUUAUGAACAAACUGAAGGUUAACAUGAUGAAUAAACAAACAUGAACU